UCCAGCCCACCCGGACCCUGUCUCUUCUGUCUACUACCAUCAGGCUGAAGGAGAGUUCCAAUCUACAUCAUCAUCUCCAAAUACUGUUGGUUUCUUCUAAGUUAUUUUAUUUAUUUUGGUUUUACUAUAUGUAUUAUUAUCGGCUACAUGGAUUAAGUUUGAUGUCUGACUUAUUAUUCAUGUCCUUAUUUCAUCUUUGCGCAUGUUUCUUUGAUCUAAAUCAUAUUCUAAGUAGAUUUCUUAAAGAGGGCUUUUCUAUCCGCUCUGAUUCUACGUUCCGCUCUCAUGACGUCACUGUAAACAAACAUGGCGGAUCUUUAUCCGUUAAAUCUAAAACUCUUUUUAUAACCCUUAAAACCUGCGGCACUAAGUAAACAUCUUACAAUCUUACAAUUAAAUUACAACAUGUAACAAAACGUCUCGUUUUCGUCGCUCAGAGCGAACAAAUGUUUAGUUUGAAUUUUAACCGUUAGCUGCGCUUGGUGGUUACCGAGGCAACGUUAGCCAACAGUAAGCUAGCGGAGGUUAGCUUUUCUAAAGGUAGAUUUUUAUUUAAUAAGUCGCUUUUUCGUCCAUGUGUUUUAUGCCGAAUUAAAGCACAUGCGUUUCUUCCUCACGGGAUCUGGAGACGUCUGUAGUAAUUUUUAAAAACUAAGGAAUAUUUUUAAGUUGAGUUUAAAUAAGGAAACGUCUAAUGAACUCCGGACAGACCUGAGGACAUGGAGCAGUACACCAUCCUGGGCCGGAUCGGGGAGGGAGCUCAUGGCAUCGUGUUCAAGGCCAAACACAUCGAGACCGGACAGACUGUAGCCCUGAAGAAGGUGGCCCUGAGGAGGCUGGAGGACGGGAUCCCCAACCAGGCUCUGAGGGAGAUCAAGGCUCUGCAGGAGAUAGAGGACAACCAGCACGUGGUGAAGCUGAAGGACGUCUUCCCUCACGGCACCGGCUUCGUCCUUGUGUUUGACUUCAUGCUGUCGGACCUGUCGGAGGUCAUCAGGAACUCGCAGAGACCUCUGACCCCGGCCCAGGUCAAAGGUUACAUGAUGAUGCUGCUCAAGGGCGUGGCCUUCCUGCAUCACAACAACAUCAUGCACCGGGACCUGAAGCCGGCCAACCUCCUCAUCAGCUCCUCAGGUCAUCUGAAGAUCGCUGACUUCGGUCUGGCCCGGUUAUUCAGUGAUAGAGGAGAGAGACUCUACAGCCACCAGGUGGCCACCAGGGCGGUGGGUUGUAUCUUCGGGGAGCUGCUGAACUCUUCUCCUCUGUUUCCUGGAGAGAACGACAUCGAGCAGCUCUGCUGUGUCCUCAGAGUCCUAGGAACCCCCACACAGGACAGCUGGCCCGAGAUCGUGGAGCUGCCAGACUACAAUAAGAUCUCCUUUAAGGAGAACCCAGCCAUCCCGUUGGAGGAGAUCGUUCCUGACACGUCUCCUCAGGCCGUCGACCUGCUCUACAAGUUCCUGGUUUAUCCGUCCAAUCAGCGCUGCUCUGCCGGACAGGCUCUCCUCCACCCUUACUUCUUCUCCUCUCCUCUUCCCGUCCACCACUCAGAGCUGCCCAUCCCUCAGAGGGGGGGGGUCCAGCCCCCUCGCCCCCCCCGGCUGCAGGCUCCGCCCACUGACUUCUCCGUAGACCUGCCCCUGCAGAGCAGCGUGGUAGACCCUGCACUGCUGCAGGGCCACGCCUCCAGGUGACUGUGAGGUCAUAGGUCCUCCUCCUCCUCCUGCUCCUCCUCCUCCUGCUGCUCCUCCUCCUCCUGCUGCUCCUCCUCCUCCUGCUCCUCCUCCUGCUCCUCCUCCUCCUGCUCCUCCUCCUUCAGCUGAAGGUAAAAACUGUUGUGACUCUGAGCAGCUCUUCAAUCAGCGACUGUUCCUGGAGCGAACUCUCAGACAUGAUGUCAGGUUACUGGUCCAGAUCUGGACCCAGAUCCAACACCAAGGUCAGAACCCUCUUUAUGUCCAGGAGACGCCUGAGGAGGAGGAGGAGGAGGAGGAGGAGGAGGAGGAGGAGGAGGAUCCUCUGGCGUCUUCUGGGUUCCAUUAGAGUCACUGUUGGUUUGAGAUAAAGGCUAAAAUAUGAUGAUUAUUAUUAUUAAUUAUUAUUAAUGUGAGUGUAAUCCACUGAAGAGUUGCAGGAAACAAAUCAUGAACUCGUCUCAGUUCAGAUUAUAUAUAUAUGUAUAUGUAUGUAUAUAUAAGGACAGUGUGCAGCCAUAUCUACUCCUUCCAGACACAUCGACUCGUGAACUGUAAUAAAAUGUUACACUAAGUUGAAUUUUUGUAUUGAGAAAUGAAUGAGAAUCAUUUGCAUCUGUUUUGGGGUGUGUUGAUUUGUGUGUAUUUGUGUAUGUUUUGUGUUUGUAAAUGUGUAAAGUUAAAAUAAAAGAUAUUUAAAACAGAAAAACUAA